AUGACAGUGGAGAAAUCAAAGAGAAUACUGGAAAGUGAUGGAACUGCCGUAUUAAGCAAAAGGAUUAAAACAGAGGACUCUUCUUUAAUCGAAGAAACAAUCAUAACUCCAAGCAUUAAACAAGAGCCUGAUUCGAUUCCAGAUACAAAAAAACAUUUAAAAGUAGAAAUCGAAGAAAAGAGGCCCAAUAUAUUUGCUAAGGUUACCAGUACUGAUGUUGAAUUGAUACCGCCUACAUGUAAAGCUCCAACAAAAUGGUCCGAAAUAUAUAACGAACUUGUAGUCAUGAGAUCAAAAUUUCUCUCUCCGGUAGACACGAUGGGGUGUGAAAGAAUUCCAGAAGGAAUAAGCCCAAAUGUUUCAAAGACAAAUCCACGAGUAUUUCGGUUUCAACUUUUAAUUUCAUUGAUGUUAUCGUCCCAAACUAAGGAUGAAGUCAAUUUCCAGGCCAUGCGAAGUCUUCACAGUGGUCUAAUAGCUCGAGGACAUAAGGAUGGGCUCUCUCUCGAGUCAAUAGUCACACUAUCAGAGAGUGAAAUCGAUGCAUUUAUCCUGAAGGUGGGAUUCCAUAGAAAAAAGGCUGUAUACAUUAAAAGAGCGUGUGCAAUUCUCCAGGACAAUUUCGACAACGAUAUACCGAAGACUAUUAAUGAUAUAGUCACUUUACCUGGCGUUGGACCAAAGAUGGGAUUCUUGUUGUUACAAAGAGGCUGGAAUAUCAACGACGGUAUAGGUGUCGAUGUUCAUAUCCAUAGACUUGCCCAGAUGUGGGGAUGGGUACCAAAAUCUGACAAACCGGAACUAACUAGAGCUGAACUAGAAAGAUGGUUGCCAAAGAAGUUUUGGAGUGAUAUAAACCCACUUCUAGUGGGCUUUGGUCAAGUUAUUUGUGUCCCCAAAGCUUCGAACUGCGAUAUUUGCACCUUGGGUAUCAAGAAAUUGUGUAAAGGUGCCAACAAAAAGCUAGUUAAUGCGCCUAUAACCGACGCAAGACGGGAAAAAUUAUUAAAGGGAAGAGGAAACCUCACGGAGUUAAUCACUGAAAUAGAAGAUCUUGUCUAG